UUAAAUUUCGGUGUUGGUUAACUUUUGAGGCACUGUAUCCAUCCGCCAGCUCUCUCGGCCCGAUCAGCGUCUCAAAGUCUCAAAAAGCCAGCGUCUAACGAUCGAUCGCGGUGCGGUGUGCGAAUUCUUUGAACUAGGCGCUUAAAAAGCACUGCCAGUUGCUACGAUCCCUCAUACGCCGUGCAUUCAUCGCGCCUCGUGGACGUGCCGUGUGUAGUGGCUGUAAAAAGCGGAGAACCCAAACAAAAAGCUAUCAUAUAUCGAGGAAUCGUCCUUAUCGAGGCGAUUCGAAAACGAACUCUAGUGCCAACAGUGAUCAAGUGUAGUGUGAGCGAACCAAACUCAGCGGAUUUUGAGUUUUUCACUUGGAUUUCCAGACAUUAGUUGCAAACUCAAUCCUUUAAGAUGUCGCCCAACAUAAUAGGCAGUACCUUUAUAUUGGCCGAGACGGCCAUUGCCGAUGGCAACAACAACAAAAUGGCCGCCACACCAGCAGCUUCCGCCGCCCCUCCUGCAGCCACGCCCAGCCAGAAGGUGGCCAAGAAGGCGGAGGCCAAGACGCCCGAGAACAAGCCCUACGAACUGGAGAUCGUGUGGCGCAACGUGGGACUCUUCGUCAUCCUCCACUCGAUGGCCCUGUACGGUCUGUACCUGGUGUUCGCCGAGAGUGCCUACUGGGAACUCUUGCCAGUCUAUGCCACCAUGUUCCUCGGAGGUCUUGGCAUCACGGCCGGAGUGCAUCGUCUGUGGUCGCACAAGGCCUACAAGGCUAAGCUGCCAUUGCGCAUCUUCCUUAUGCUGUGCCAGUCCCUGGCCUUCCAGAACAGCAUCUGGGAGUGGACCCGUGACCACCGUGUGCACCACAAGUUCACCGACACACACGCCGAUCCCCACAACUCCCGUCGCGGCUUCUUCUUCGCCCACAUGGGCUGGCUGAUGUGCAAGAAGCACCCCGAUGUGACCAGCAAGGGCAAGCAGAUCUCCAUGGAGGACAUUGAGCAGGAUCCCGUCGUUAUGUUCCAGAAGAAAAUGUACUUUGUGGUGAUGCCCAUCUGCUGCUUCGCCCUGCCCAUGAUCUUCCCCUACUACGUGAUGGGCAGCUCGCUGCGCGUCUGCUUCUUCACCUGCUCCAUGCUGCGCUUCUGCCUGUCGCUGCACUUCACCUGGCUGGUGAACAGCGCCGCCCACUUCUACGGCAUGAAGCCCUACGAUGUCAACGUGAGCGCCAUGAACAACAAGCUGGUGUCCACCCUGACCAUCGGCGAGGGAUGGCACAACUACCACCACGUCUUCCCCUGGGACUACAAGGCAGCAGAGCUGGGCACCUACAGCUUCAACUGGACGACGGCCUUUAUCGAUGUGAUGGCUAAGAUCGGACAAGCCUAUGACCUGAAGUUCGUCUCGCAGGAGAUGGUCUACAAACGAGUCCUUCGCACUGGCGAUGGCUCCCACAUUGCCGCCCUGCUGGAUGCCAACAACAACAGUGCCAUUCCGACCAGCGAGCUGGUGGCCCACCUGGAUCACGAGAAGGAGGAGCACGCCAUUUGGGGAUGGGACGACAAGGAUAUCAGCGAGGAGGAUCGCAAGGGAGCCAAUGUGGUGAACAAGGAGUCCGAGUGCAAGCUGGAUUAGAGAUCGGGGACCAGUGGGAGUUCACCCAAAACGAACACACUUCUUGCUGCCACAUCGGGUCUUCAGUAUUUAAUUAUAUUAAUUGCCUAUUCUCCGUACUGCCUGCGCAUCUGAGUGGUGGCUGUAAACUGAAAACUGAAAAUAACUACAUAAGGGGGAUUCCGAUCGUGGGACCCGUUAUGAUGGCAGCAAGGACAUCUUAUAUAUCAAUGGCUUCAAUUCCAAAUACUACAAAACAAAUGAAAACUAUUCGAGAUUAGUCAAUGCAACUCGUUCGCAGCAACAGAGUGUUAAAAAAACCUGCACCCUAUUAAUUCUCUACACAAUCCCUAUCUCGCACUUGUCGUUCGGGGAUAAUGAACACAUCUGCCACCCUCUCCCUCUCCCUAUCUCUAUCUCUAUUUUUAUAUAUUAAUAACUGUAUAUUUACGCAAGAGGUUCUAGAAUUAAGCGUACCUGCUAAGAUCUAUUUUAAGCAUCGACUUUUAUGUGUGUGUACAUUGUGUUAGUUAUGUAGGUCUAAAUUGUACAUUUCAAUCCAACUAUUGUUGAAAAUUAUAACAAAAAUUAUAAAAAACCAAA